UCCCCUAAUGGGACAGACUGUGAUUUGUGUGUGCCUUCACUGCAAGGCACACCACUCGGUGUGCCGCCAGGGUAUAAAUUCAUGACGGCUAAAUUACCUAGUAGUUAAUCUAACAGGAAACUAACGUCACUUUCAACUAACAGGAAGAACUUGGUGCACUUUUGAUCUUCGAGAGAAAGAACCGGGGGAGGUUUAGGUCUAACAUCAACAAUGAAUAUUCAGUCUACAAUCAACAAAGAAGUCUUCAUCCCUCGUAAUGAGCGGAUGCUGGUGGCAGUGGAGGUACAGAGGAGAAAAAAGAAGAGAAUGUCUUUCCUUUCCCCUGGAUCCAAAGGAGACUAUGCAACAUUCAUUUGUGUUUCAGUGACCAACACAAGGCCGCACCAGCUCCUCAUUUCAAAGGUGAAGCAGUUUAGCGGUUCCUUGGCCUUCACAAGGACAUCACAGUGGGCGGUGGAGCAGCUACGACAGGUCAAUGGCAUUAACCCCAACAAGGACAGCCCCGAAUUUGACUUGGUGUUUGUCAAUGCUGUGGAUCAGUGGGUGGCCAGCUCAGCGGCAGAAAAGUGCAUCCUUGUCCAGAUUCUAUAUCGUGCCUGCCAGACCUACUGGGCGGGAAAGGCGGGAAGUCUUGUCAAGGCGGGUCGGCGGGUUUCCCACCAGGAUGGGGGGGCUGGUCCGAUGGAUUCCCCACCGGGGCCUUCAUCCGGAACAGUAAAAGCACGACGGAAAAGCUAUGUUGCACCCAGACCACCGGAGUUCAUCAACUGCUCAUCCAAACUUACAGGAGAUUCUUCCUCAAUGAAUCUGUUCCUCUACCGCUGCAAAGCAUUCUUUUAUCAUAUGAAGAAGAAGAUGGUUGCAAACCAAAGGAGCCCGGAGAAUAGAGUCCAUCAGAUGAAAGUGGCUCUGGGAGAGCGUGGGCACAAACUGUCUGCGGCUGAAGACAAGACAGUCGGGCUGGUGCACACAGCCCAGCAGCUUGCAGACAUUGCUCACAAGAUGGCCCUGAAAUAUGCAAAAUAGCAUCUGACCGGGCUCCUCCAGGAUGCCACUUGGUUCGUGUGUUCAUGAUUACAUCUUUUAAUGCAUGUUUAUACUUAAAACACAAGACUAUGGUGCUUAUACUGUCGACAUAUAUACAUUAAAUCUGUUGCCAGCCAUCAGAUGAACCUUGUUUUGGUCAGUCGUGUUUGCAUUGAAAGCACCUAACGCAAAUGUCUGCAUGUUGUUGUCCCAACUCAUGGUUAUGUGUUGCUGUAAAAUUGGAUUGUGUCUGCAUUGUCUUUGUCCGUGUUCUUUGAACACAAAUUCAUCAGUCUUGUUCGCUUAGUCUUCGUGUUUAUGUGUCUUACAAUAUGUGUCGCUUAUGAGAAUGGAAGAAAGAACGUUCAGGUAUGUUGAAUUAGAGGUCCAAUUGGAAGAUGAGCAAGUGUGGAAAGUCAGUGUUCAAAGUUCAGAAGUUGAAUGUGUUAAAAAAAAAAAAAAAAAAUUAUGUUUUACUUUUUGAACAUACUGG